AUGCUCCGAGGAGAUUUACGGACAGGAGGAAACGCCCAUGGGGCGAGUGAAGAUGUGCCUCUGAUGGAGGGAAGCCCUAAGGGGGGCACCUUUUACGACAUACUCUUUCCGGACAUGUCCCUGAGGAGAAUCAUCGUAUGGAUUAGCUUUUUCCAAAUUGUGAUUUAUAUGUUGAGUUGCCUUUUAAGUGAAAAUUUAACGGCGCCGAAUGUACAGGUGUUGAUGUUUCUAGGUGCCACGUAUGGCCCAGCCGUCAAGCAAGGAGAAAUCUGGAGACUGCUAUGCCCCGUUUUCCUGCAUGCGAAUUGGUGGCACUUAAUAAUAAACAUAGUGUGCAUGCUGAAUUUGGGCCUAGUGAUAGAAAGCAAAUACAAGAAGGGGAAUUUUCUUUUGCUUUAUUUUUUAUCAGGGGUGGUUGGCAAUGUAUUAACAACCAUUUGUAAUCCUUGUCAGCUAGCUGUGGGUGCAUCAACCAGUGGAUUUGGCCUGAUUGGAUUUUCCAUUUUGGAAAUAUUUUUAGCCUGGUCCAAUUUGUCUCGAAGGGCUAAGAACUACUACAUUUUUAAUGUGUCCGUUUUUGUGUUAUUUUUUUUUUUUGUUAGUUUUUCUCCUACCGUCGAUUUUUUUGGGCACAUCGGUGGCUUCCUCUGCGGGGCCUUCCUGGCCUGCCACUACAACAGAGCCAUGGGAUACGACUCCUUCCAAACGUCCCUGUACUACAGCUUCGCCUGUAUAUGCGCGUUAACUGUUUUGUACCUGCCAGUUCGGCUCUACGUGACGGACAUGCCAUGUGCACUUUUCCGCUAG